AUGGCUAUAUUCGAGACCAAGAGCGACAUUUCGUCGACUGGCGGGGAAAAGAAGUCGGCAACCGAUGUCGAGCGAGGCUUCUUGGGGGAUGAUCAUGCCGUUCACCAGGCUGACUUCGCAACCGGAACCAGCACAUACGCAAGACUGCAAAGGCUGGCGGGCAAGCUUGGUGUCGAGCAGAGAGGUAUCGAGAGGGUCCCCGAAGACGAACGAAUCAACGAUGCCGUCGCCAACGUCGGAACGUUGUGGUGCUCUGCCAAUAUGGUAGUCUCAUCCUUUGCCAUUGGUGUUUUGGCUAUUCCAGUCUUCAGUCUCGGAUUUGUUGAUACGGCUUUGACCAUUGUCUUUAUCAACUUUCUGGGAGUCUUACCGGUCUGCUUCUUCUCGACUUUCGGCCCCACAUUCGGUUUGCGACAAAUGGUCUUGUCCCGUUACUGGUUUGGCUUCUACGCUGUCAAGCUGAUUGCGGUCUUCAAUAUCCUUGCCUGUCUAGGUUGGUCGGCAGUGAACACCAUCGUCGGUGCUCAACUCUUCCAUGCGGUCAACAACAACAUGCCUGGGUGGGCUGGUAUCCUCGUUAUUGCCAUCUCGACUCUGAUGAUUUGCACCUUUGGUUACCGAAUUGUCCACACUUACGAGCGAUUCUCUUGGAUCCCCUGCGCCAUCAUCUUCCUCAUCGUUCUCGGCGUCUUUGCGCACUCGGGCAAGUUCAACAGCAUGUUGCCCAUGAGCACCGGCCCGUCAGAAGCGGGCUCUGUCCUUUCCUUCUCUGCCAGCGUUUACGGCUUCGCGACGGGCUGGACAUCCUACGCGGCCGAUUACACGUGCUACUACCCGGCGUCCACUUCCAGAAUGAAGGUCUUCCUCGUCACCUUCUGCGGCCUCUUCUUCACCCUGUGCUUCACCGAGUUGCUGGGAGCCGCCGUCAUGACUGCCAGCGUUACUGACCCCACGUUUUCCGACGCCUACGCCAACUCUGGAAUCGGAGGUCUUUUGGCAGCCGUUCUGGUCACCAAGCUGGGUGGCUUUGGCCAGUUCUGCCUCGUCAUCCUCGCCCUUUCGAUCAUCGCCAACAACUGCCCCAAUAUCUACUCGGUCUCGCUCUCUCUGCAGGUCCUGUCCAGAAAGACCGAGCGUAUUCCCCGAUUCAUCUGGGUCUUUGUUGGCACUGGCAUUUACAUUGCCAUCAGCAUUCCGGGCUACGAUCACUUCGAAUCAUGGCUCGAGAACUUCAUGCUCAUCAUCGCUUACUGGCUCGCCAUCUACGAGGGCGUCAGUCUCACUGAUCACGUCGUUUUCCGUCGUGGCAUCAGAGGGUACGACAUCAGCGACUGGGACACGCCUUCGCGCCUACCCCCUGGAUUCGCCGCCAUCGUGGCUUUCUUGAUGGGCGUCAUGGGUGCCGUGCUCGGCAUGUCACAAAGCUGGUUCACCGGUCCCAUUGGCAAGCUUGCCGGCGGAAGCUUUGGCGGUGAUAUUGGCUUUGAAUUAGCCUUCUCUUUUGCAGCAGUCUCCUACGUGGUGCUGCGCACAGUCGAGAAGAAGUUUUUCAAGAGAUAG